AUGAUCCAGUCGCACAUUGUCAAGAAAGACGGUUUGAUCCAUACACACUCAUUCGAUGGCAGCAAUGCGACCGCUUUGAAGGUGACUCCGUUCUCAGCAUUGAGCCGCGUCCACGUCAUCAAGCAGCUUGCAGGACCAGCCAAUCCAAGCGCCGACCAGAUAGCGCAAUCCCUCGAAACCGGUGAGCAUUUCAGCGAAUAA